UCCUUCAUUCCUCAAAUCAUUUCUUGCUCUUCCGCAAGCCGAAACCCUCGCUCCGCCGCCGGCCAUGGCCGACCCGCAAUUUAUCCUCGGCACCUCCAUCUCCGAAAUGCUCACCGGCAUGGAGCUACACGGCGAGGACCCUCAGAAGCUGGACCUCGGCACAAACUAUCUGCUUUACUUUGUGUACGACUACCUUCCGCACCCGCCGGUCUCCCCCACCGCCACCCUCUUGCCCUCCGGCUUGGCGUUGGUCCCCGACGGCGUCGACCGCAUCAGCCGCCUCCCCGAUGCGGUCCUCCGCGAAAUCGUCUCCCGCCUCCCCGCCAAGGACGCCGCGCGCACCGCCGCCCUCUCCUCGCGCUGGCGCCCCCUCUGGCGCGCGGCGCCCCUCUCCCUUGUCGACAGCCACCUGCUUCCGGACGGCGGCGCGUCCGGGCCGCAAAUCCUCGGGGCUCCCUCUCCCCGCGCCGUCACCGCCGCGGUGUCCAGCGCCCUGGCAGCGCACCCGGGGCCCUUCCGCUGCGUCCACCUCACCCGCAGCACGAUGGAGGAGCACCGGGGCGAGAUGUCGCGCUGGCUCGACAUGCUCGUUGCCAAGGGGGUCCAAGAGCUCGUCUUUGUCAACCGCCCUUGGCCGCUAGACCUGCGCCUCCCCGCCACGAUCUUCGGCUGCGCCUCUCUCACCCGCCUCUAUCUCGGCGUGUGGAGGCUCCCGGACACCGCCGCCGUACCGCGCGGCGCCAGAUUCCCCAACCUCAAGGAGCUCGGCCUCUGCAUGAAUGUCAUGGAGGACCAUGAUCUGGCAUUCAUGCUUGAAAGAAGCCCCGUCCUGGAGUUCCUCGUCCUCAUGGGGAGCCAGACCGGAGUGCGCCUCCGCCUUGUCAGCCAUAGCCUGCGGUGCGUUCAGCUGGGGUUCACCAUGUUGGAGGACAUCGACGUGGUGGAUGCCCCUCGCCUGGAGAGGCUCUUUCAGUGGCAAAUUGUCUCUCCGGGACAGGUCGCCAUGAACUGCUCUUCCAGGAUCAAAAUUGGCAGUGCACCUAACCUCCGUGUGGUGGGAUACCUUAAGCCAGGAGAUCAAGAGCUGGGGAUUAGCAACACCGUCAUCGUGGCUGGGGCCAAGGAGAGCAUUGUCCCUAGUGUCCAAAUUUUGGCCAUAGAGGUGCAGUUCGGCCUCCGCAAUGCUGUCAAGAAAGUGCCUGGCUUUCUCAGAUGCUUCCCUAACCUGGAGACGCUCCAUGUCUAUCCCCGCCGCAUAUCUGAAGAGUCCACUGGCAAGGUCAAUCUGAAGUUCUGGCAGGAGGGCGGUCCCAUGAAAUGCGUCGUGCAGAGCAUGAAGAAGGUGUUCUUCUAUGAGUUCCAAGGGUCGAGAAGCGAGCUUGGUUUCCUCAAGUUCAUCGCGGAGAGAGGUCGGGUGCUGGAGCAAAUGGUAGUUGUGGUGGCCAGCAAAUGUUUCUCCUCUGGCGAGGAUAAUGUGAGGGCCAAGCUGAAGCCUCUAACGAGCGCGAAUUGGAGCAGCAAAGCUUGCAAAGUAGAGUUCUCCAAGAGCCCGCACACUGAAUCUGGAAGUCCUAUUUACAGCAACAAGAUAGCUUCUGAUUUUGGGUUUGCUGACCCUUUUGACCUCCUCGAGUACCACUAGAUGCAGAGAGGAUCUCUGUAAGUUAGUAAUUAGUAGCACUAUGCCAGUGCCUCUGGUGCUGCAAGACUGUGGUGUUCUUGGACUUGGCAGCAUUUCUCUUGGCAAGCUGUGGCCCCGCCUUCGUAACAAAACUCAUUCAAGC